AGAAGAUACAGUAAGCAGCAAGUGGAGAAGGUAUUACCCUCAAGAUGCAUCAGAUGCACCAAGUAGACCACCAGUCGAAAGGUGCCGUGACGAGGUCUGCGGUCGCGGAACACGGUCCGGCACGGGCCGUGAAGUUCGCGGUCGCAGAACACGGUCCGGCACCUGGCGCCAAAAAAAUGAUGCGUAUGGAACUACUCGCAGGCCAAAGAGCGGUGGAGUUGGGCGUCUACGGCGUCUGGAGGCUCAAGGGUGAUCGACGCAGUCACAAUGGUGCUUCAGCUUAUGAACUCGGGUUGAUGUUUUGUUCCAAUUCCAUACCUACAACGAUCAUGACGAACAAUCCAGCUAUUAUACGCAAACCAGCAUUUCAUCGUGAUCGUCUGAAGAGAAGCACUAAGAUCUUCUUAUUUUCACAUUCACGACUAUCCUCUGUCGAUAAUACUAUUAAUUUCUCGCAGAACUCAAGUUCUCGUUAAAAGCGUAAUUUCAUUCCUCGGCAUCUGCAAUAAUUGAUUGUAUCUUGUUGACAACGGUACCUUAUAAAUAUUAUGAUGUACUAGAAGUUAGAAGAGAUCUUCUUGUUGAUCUGGGUAUAGCAUAGGUUAUAAAUCAAUCGAGGAGAGCCAGAGUUCUGCAGUCGCAUUGGUCCUAAAUCCAUGUGCUUUUGCGGCUGUACCUACGAUGAGCACGAGGAUUGUCAAGCGCAGAUCGCCGCAAGCGUGCUAAAGAUGAAGCGCGGAAGUCUCAAAAAGCCUGUUGUAGUUAUGAGCACUUCAGAUAGCGAAGAUGUUAACAUGAAGGCGAUGAAGAUGUUAACAAACACUUAGAUAACUGUAAGAGUAAGAACAUCAAGAAGUUCAAGAUGGUCCCCGACUAGAUGUCGAAGUAGAUAACUAAGAACAUCAAGAUGUCAUCAUGAAGGCAAAUGCGAAAAAGAAGAGUGCUAACUUUUCAUCUGUUAAGUCUUCUUCUUCAAUAACCAAUAGCAAUAGUCUGGACUCUAGUACGAUCUAAUUCAGGACGGUCGCAAUGUAUGGGCAGCCGGUCUUCUUGUGACAAGAACAAUUCAUCCAACUUUACUACUACAUCUGCAAGAGCCCCUGCAAGCUCAAGUACCACAACAUCAGACAUUUCCUCGCGUUCGUCUGCUGCUUCUGCAGAACUAGAAGAAGUGCAAGUUGUUGUAUCUUCUACGCGCACUUCUACGCCUACGCCUCCACGGACUUUGUGUGCGUGCAAGGAGUUUCGAUUCAUACCGAGUCGACCGGAGGAAGUGGUAAGGGCCCUACUAUUGAUAAGUAGACUCAUUGAUAGCACAAACAGACUUUUUCCUAUUCUAUCGUAAAAGCAUGGUAUCGAUGUCCAUCAACAAGUCUGAAGUGUCUUGUAGUUCAUUCGCGUUUGGCUUUUGUUAGGCUCGUUCUUUGUUGUUCUUCUAGAGGAAUAGUCAAGGCGACCCUUUCUGGCCCAAAAUGGUCGCCAAAUGACACGGGUCGUUUGGGGGGUCAAAGUGGGACUCCCUUCGCGGCGCUUGUAGAGUCCACGACUCGCCAUCUUUGGGAGGGGAGUCCCGCUCCGCGGGUUCACUGCCAAGCUUUGGGGACGGCUCUAGCGAUCCCGUAGGGCGUGCACCUUCUUAGGCUAGCAAAAAACGAAAAAAAAUAACGUGGCGCAACGAGAAAAGUCCUGGUCUAAUGUCGUUCUUCUAGAAGAAUGCCGAGCAAUCUGCGACUUUUUAGCAUACCCAUCUCUAAAAGUAGGCGAGUGGUGGCUGGUACGUCGAAAGGGCUUUGAUGUGCGGACGUGGCGUGCUAAAUGUCGCUGUGGUGCACCACACACAGAACACCAUCCUGUUACCAUGGAUAGGAAAGCUGCACCACGAGGAAAAAGUUCGACGGAGAUGUUAAGAGUAGGAUUGACUUUGACAUUGAGACUUUGACACGGAAGUCCGCUAUCGAUUAUCAUCCUCAAAUUACUUCUAUACUACUUUCGAGUUUCAAGUCAGGCAGGUUAUUUUAGGACUACUGGAAGGUAGGAGUUUUCUAGCAGUCGUGCUUCAUGAAAAUGUUGAUGCUCAUCUUCUAUCUUGAUCACGUGCACUCUGGUAGAAAAAUAAUUUCGUGUUCCUGGUCUUUUUCAUUUUCGCCUCUGUCUUUCUAUUUCUUCAAUUUAUUUUGGAACUGCCAACUGGAUUCAAUGAAUUCUAUUUCCAGACUGAGGCUAGGACUGCUACUUCUGUACUACUCAUCCUCGUCAAGAACACUGAAGUGUUAAUGCGAUUCUUAAUAAAGCACGAUCGUUGACGAGGCCAUUCCUCUUUCUCUCCCGCUCCAUGGAGUCCCGAAGCAUCCAACUUAUGGCUGGAUGGUGUAUUUAUAAAAGUAAAACAGCUUACGAGAAGUUAGAGACCAUCUUCUUAGGUAUCUCUAUCUUUGUUACCUCGUCAGCUACUUGAGAAUGUGCCAACGAAUACGAACGGGUACACAAGAACUACAAAGAAGUAGCAGUCGUUGUUUAAUAACGAGUACUUACGAGGAUCGUGGAAAUGGUAGCGGUAGCCUAGAAGGUCGCUUUAUUUGCCUUAUCUCCAUGACAAUAAGUGUCAACAAAAACCACGGAGAAAACCCAAUAAACCUCUUUCGUCCACUAGUUCAUACAGCUUUAAGAGCUUAGGCAUCUUAUUUGUUCUUUUCCUUUAUCAGUCUGUAACUUCUUGUGUGGUGCAAGUACCAAAAAAAAACCAUGCAAGAAUGCCCUUUCUUCCAUUGCUUCAUACAGUUUUAACAGAAGUAGAAACGAGCACGACAACGACUCAGCAGAAACACAAGAACCUUUUACCAUCAACAUCGACGAUUCGUGCACGCAUGGCAGCUGCGGAGCCGAAAAGAGCUGCUUCCUUUACGAAAAAAACUAUCAUCAGCAUGGAAGUGUACUAAAAGUCUAAAGACGUUUAAGUUUAACAACUGGGCGUCGUGUGAGCAGUACUUCAUUCAUUUGUUGAAGAAUAGCUGCAGAAAGGAUUCUCAACAUGAUGAGUAAGGACCUAUCAAGGACUUGUAACUUCAAUUCCAAAUAACACUCUUUGGCGGCUAAAGUCGUUACUUGAAAAAUGGCUGUCACUGAUACUGUGCUGUUCCAGUGUAGUUGAUUAAUACAACAUGUUAAUCACCUGUAGAAGUUUGGUGCUGGAACGUUCAUAUCAUGUCGUUUCUUCACAUCCGCUUUUUGUUGUGUCGUUUGCAACCAGCCUGGGGAAGACCAUGAAACUGUCUGGGAAACCGAACGAGAUUAUGACCUUUGCAUACACGACAUGAAGUAGUUACUUUCAACAAGAAGAUGUUAUAGAAUCUCAAUAUUAACCUAGUCGUAGUCGUAGCCAUAAUGAUAACCCGCUAACCUUCAUGUAUUAUAUUUAUAAGUAGAAUUCGCAAAAUAAUUUGUCAUCAUCUAUAGAUGAUGUACAAGUUCAAUCAGUUCAACUUUAACAAACAGUCAUCUUCUUGUUCAUAAUUUACGGCGAGAAGCAGGUUUUGUGAUUGGUGAAGCUUUCCUGCCUCUUCAUGGGGAUCCCGAUCUUCGAGACUUGGUGCUUCACGGCGAGAUCAAAUCCGCGAGACCAUUCUCAAAAGUUGGCGGUCUCUAGUAGACCACUCAUUAUUUUUUCAAAACAGGCUGGCUGUUCCUGUUGCCUGUUGGAGAUGGAGUCUAAUUGGCCAUUUAUUUCAAAACAAGCUGUUGGAGUCUGGUGCUAGAGGACCAUCUAUUUCAAAAGUUGUUCUUGUUGGACUGCUCUAGAAGCCCACUUUCAAAAAUUCUGAGAAAGAAGACUUGAGGAC